GGAGCAGUUUCAAAUCCUGACUCGGCCACUGCUCAUUGUAUAUUUUUUUUUAUGUAGCUCAUUGCAGAAAUCUUCUCUAAACCCUUUAAGUGAAAUCUCAGAGACCAAGCCAACUGUAAACGGUCACUGCCGCUGCCACUGUGUAUCAGGCGAUUCUCUGGAAACAGAUAAAAGAAGUUAUCAUGAACCUGCGAAAUUUCUUACAAAUGAAACCUCCAUGUCUACUUUUCAGUAAUGCCAAUUGUUCUUCGUGACGGAACUAGCUACUUAGCUGCAACUAAUCAGUUCCCCCACACCACACGGACAUCAUUUGGUAGGGGUCUGAGAUCUGCAAUUUUCCCAUCACUCUCAUUCCAUAUACAUCAGCAAGUUCAAGACAAAAAAAUCUUACACUUUGCUUGCUCCAUAUUAAGUAUGCAUAAAAACGAUAGUUAAUCAACCUCUGAUUGUAUAUAUUUAUAUCCUCCUUCACUGUGUGUUUCCGCAGUAAAAAGGAUAAACGAUAGUGAAUCCAAGGAAAAGGAACAUUCGGAAUGGGCUGGAGGAAAGUUGAGAUCCCGAGUUUAGCACUGGGAAUACUACUUGCUCUCUAUUUGACGGCAGCAGAUGCAGAGUACCUGCUCUACAAAGACUCAACCCAGCUGGUCGGCCACCGAAUCAAGGACCUGAUGGGUCGGAUGACAUUGCAGGAAAAAAUUGGCCAGAUGGUUCAAAUUGAUCGUGCCGUCGCUUCCGCUGAUGUAAUGAAGAACUAUUUCAUAGGGAGUGUAUUGAGUGGAGGAGGAAGCGUUCCGGCUCAAAAAGCUUCGCCGGGGACAUGGAUAAAGAUGGUCAACGAGUUCCAAACAGGUGCUCUGUCAACCCGGCUCGGAAUUCCGAUGAUCUAUGGGGUUGACGCUGUUCAUGGUCAUAACAAUGUCUACAACGCCACCAUUUUCCCACACAAUAUCGGCCUUGGAGCUACUAGGGAACCUGAGCUGGUGAAGAGGAUAGGCGUGGCAACGGCCCUUGAAGUCAGGGCUACUGGAAUGUCAUAUGCUUUUGCGCCUUGUGUGGCAGUAUGUAGAGAUCCAAGAUGGGGACGAUGCUAUGAGAGUUACAGUGAGGAUCCUGAAAUUGUUAAUGCCAUGACGGAGCUUGUCACCGGCUUGCAAGGAGAUAUCCCUGCUAACUACCCCAAGGGAAUUCCUUACGUCGCAGGAAAGACGAAUGUGGCAGCCUGUGCUAAGCAUUUCGUGGGCGAUGGAGGAACAGCAAAUGGGAUCAAUGCAGACAACGCCAUACUUGAUUGGGAUGGUCUGGUGAAAAUCCACAUGCCUGGAUAUAUCUCCUCCAUAACCAAAGGGGUUGCCACUGUCAUGAUCUCUUACUCCAGCUGGAACAGCAUUAAGAUGCACACCCACAAGGAAAUGAUCACCGGCUACCUGAAGGGCGCUCUGAGAUUCAGGGGUUUUGUGAUCUCAGACUGGCAAGGAAUCGACUUGAUCACCAGCCCAUCACAUGCUAACUACACGUACUCAGUAGAGAAAGCAAUCGCUGCAGGAGUCGAUAUGGUCAUGGUACCAUACAACUACACGGAAUAUAUUAAUGAACUAACACAACUAGUGAACAAUGGGGCCAUACCAAUGAGCAGAAUCGACGAUGCAGUGCGAAGAAUUCUUAGAGUUAAGUUUGUUAUGGGUCUAUUUGAGAACCCAAUGGCUGAUGAGAGUUUGGUGAAUGAGCUUGGCAGCCAAGAACAUAGAGAAUUAGCGAGAGAAGCAGUAAGGAAAUCACUUGUGCUGUUGAAGAACGGGAGAGAUAGUAACCAGCCGAUGCUGCCACUCUCUACCAAGGCUCCGAAGAUACUUGUUGCAGGUUCCCAUGCUGAUAAUCUUGGAUACCAGUGUGGUGGAUGGUCAAUUGAAUGGCAAGGAUUCAGUGGCAAUGAUCGCACUUCCGGAACCACAAUACUCUCUGCCAUAAAAAUGGCAGUUGACCCAAGCACUGAAGUCGUGUACCAGGAAAACCCUGCAGCAGAUUAUGUAAAGUCGGGCAGUUUCUCUUACGCCAUUGUUGUGGUUGGAGAGCACCCAUAUGCAGAAACAGCAGGGGAUAGUAACAACUUGACAAUACCUGAUCCUGGCCCAAGCAUCAUUCAGAAUGUUUGUGGAACUAUGAAAUGUGUUGUAGUUGUUAUCUCUGGGCGUCCCCUGGUGAUUGAACCCUACAUGGACUCGAUGGAUGCCCUAAUUGCAGCUUGGCUCCCUGGAAGUGAAGGUCAGGGUGUGACCGAUGUGCUGUUUGGUGACUAUGGCUUCACUGGAAAGCUUCCCAGAACAUGGUUCAAGAGAGUUGAUCAGCUCCCUAUGAAUGUUGGGGACGAAAAUUAUGACCCUCUUUUCCCAUUUGGGUUUGGCCUCGCCACUGAGCCAGUGAAGGUCAAUUAAACAUUACUAGCAAGGAAGCCCGCGCUGCGCGACGGGGCAGAAGUUAGGGUAACCAUUAAUAUGCGAUUAUAAAUAGAUCAUGAAUCUGGUUAUAACAUAAAAAAAAGAUACUAAAAAAUCACUGUUUGGCACAAUCCUUGUCUGCAUAGAGAUUGAUGUAGUUGUUCAAGUGCUUUGAGUCUUUGCCCACAUUUUCGGAUGGCAGAAAUUAAAAUUGGAAGGAAAGCAAGAGCCUAACCUAUGCAAAUGAAGAAGGAAAACCCAAAAAAACAUCAAUUUGCAGCUGAGGUGAUUGAACCACUAAGUAACAACCUGAGGGAUGUGUUAAUUCUUGGUGGAUGAACAACUUCAAUAAGCUGAAACAGUGGACAACAACAUCUAUUUGAUUUGAAUGAGAGAAACCCAAAGCAGAUCAUCAUAAAGGUAAGUCGGAUGAAAUUCUUCAAGCAUAUCAAUUCAACGCUAUCAUAGGUCAAUAAAACGACCAAAUGUUGAAUGAAAGGCACGGUAAUGCUACUGACUGAAGGCAACCAAAUGAACAAAUACUCCAAUCUCAUACUGCGAUAUAAAAAGGGUUGAAGCUGAUCCUUAUAAUACUAUAGUGACAAAAGUGGAAAGAAACCUACAAUAACGGAACAUUUAAAAAGGAAAAUUUUGAAGUAAAAAACAGUUCGAUAGAAAAAAUGAAACAUCAAAACAAUUCAAUAAUGAAGUAAAAAAUUGUGAAAUUGAACAAAAGAGACCCUAGAUGGUGUACUCGAUUGAAGAUCUAUAGAAGCAAACUCAUGAACAUAUACGCUGCACUCUAUCAAACACCUAUAGCAACAAAUGGAACCAGUCAAAUGGGAAACUAUUAGAUCAUAACAGAAUUGCAUAUGACUGGGGAAGGAAACAGUACCAAAUAGUUGAAAGAAAUCACAAAAUUAAUUUUGGAUGAGUAUCCAUUGACUGUUUGGCAUUGACAAUUAUCCUAUGAGUAUCCAAAACAAAAUAAAAAUACCAACCAUACCUGAAAACAAAAUCAAUAUAACACCUCAAGCUGA